AUGCUUAAACGUAUUAUUGAGUAUUUUACUCACAGCUCUAUUCACGGCUUGCAUUAUAUAAUAGAUUCUAAAAGACACAUAAGUGAAAGGAUAUUCUGGGCAGUUGUAUGUACAUCUUGUCUGAUAGGAGCCGGACUGGUGCUGAGAGGAAAUAUUUACAACUAUGAAAACAACGCCGUCAGUUUUGUAGUGGAGACGAACCACUUGAAAUGGAACACUACCUUCCCUGCGAUAUCUGUCUGCGAGUUCGAGUCCUCCGACAAACUGUUUGAUGCUGGAACCAAGCUUUACGGAGAAGAUCGUAACAUGAAUCUAGACUUUUUCCUCCGUGAUAUCGCCUUCUACUACGGCACCUGCUACACUUGUUCUGCUCAUUGUGGCAAAACGAUCAACUGCAGUCAGGACUUUGAAGAUAUUGUGAGACAGGUUCGUGCUCCAUGCAACGAACUUUUGGGAGAAUGCAAGUUCAAUGGACUUCAAUUCAAAUGCUGUAGGUAUUUUCGACUUCUGAGGACUGAAAAGGGCCCGUGUUACACCAUAAACUCUCUACUGUUAAAGAAGAGCAAAUUCCCUUUAGAUAUGACUCAAAAUUGGAAAACUGGGCCAGGAAAACUGGAGUUCAGAGCAUACGAAAAAGUGAAAGUUGUUCUUCAUGCUCCAGAAGAUGUGCCAUUUUUAAACCACCCUCAACAAGAGCAGGAGAUUAUCCCUUGGGGAAAUAUCUUUGACAUGAGGUUUCAGGUCAAAGAGAUAAAAAAUGAUCCAUACGUGAAGAAAGUUUCAAUCAGUCAAAGGAACUGUCGGUUCCCUGAUGAAAACUACCUUCAGACUUACAGCUUGUACAGCUACUCUGCAUGUGUCGUAGACUGUCGGGCUCAGGCCCAGAUACAAUACUGCAACUGCUUGCAUCACUUUAUGCCGAAAAUUGCUGGUGUAGCCACAUGCAACUUGACUGGGUUGAUAUGCCUCUCCAAUGUUUCAGACACACUAAGAUCUUUAAGAACUGCAGAUUACACAGAAAAGCUUGGACUUGUGUGCGAUUGUCUCCCCAGUUGUAAUGAGCCUGAGUACACGAUCGUCUCUAGGACCACUGAGUACAAUGAAACAAUUUAUGGAAGAUUUGGCUCCAAAAUUUCAAUUGAGAUGGACUCAUUACCAAAAGAGCAAUUCAUCAGAAAAGUUGUUCGAUCUCCACUAGAACUUGUAGUUUCCAUGGGAGGAACAAUAGGAUUUUUUCUUGGAGCAAGUCUUCUGAGCAUUGCAGAGUUCUUUUACUACUUCUUUAUAAGGAAGCUGGUCGAUCGAAAAAGGUCAUCAGUCUUAAGCCAUAAACCAGAACUUACAAUCAAGACAAACAAAACUAUGAAAAACAAGAAAUCUAAAAACAUCAAACAAGAAAGAAUGGCAAUUCCAUACAUAUAGUCCAGUGCAAUUAGACAAAAAAUGACCUUGACCCGGACAAAAUUGAUAACAGGCUGAAAAUUGGUGGAAACGUUCAGAACAAUGUCCUGAGUGGCCCACACAAAGUCCCAAGAAAUCCCAGUUGGGGAACGGCCGCCAUCUUGAAAAAACUGCCGCCAUCU